AAUAUUUGAACUCAGAGAUGUAAAUUCCGCUUAACUCUAUGAUUUGUUUAAAAUUUUUUUUUAUUUUGUCAGUAUGCAUACAAUUGAUAGUAUGUUGCGUAAAUUUUGAAAAAUGCAUUGAAAAAUCUAUAUCGAAAAUGAAUUUCAUCAGAUGUGGGUUGAGUUGUAACGUUGGCGGUUUGUGUUAGCCGUAAUGAGUGAACGUGUGGUUGUGUGGGUGUCGUGCGUUUUAUUUAGGUGUAGCGUUGGGGGUAAAGUUAGUAACGAUGUGCGUGGACUAAAAAUGAAAAGCAAUGCUAAAUAAGUAUUCGGCUGUAAGACCGACAUGGUCACUAUUUGUUUUGUUAAGUUGUCGCUGAAAAAGUAACCUCAAAACAAUCAAAAUGACAGGUAUCUUAGAAAAAACAAUAGCCUCAAUUGGGUCACUAUUUUCACCCCUGGAAACAAAUGCCAGUCUGAAAGGCCUGUUCGAAAAAUGCAUUAAUUCUCGAACCCGAGUAGAAGAAGAAUGGACUAUUAAGCAGUGCUUGCGAUUAGUAAGGGAAAAAUUAUCAGAGCCAAAUAUUAGUUCCUCGACCAUUGCAAAAUGUUUGGUUUUUGUGGUCUUUGCAGAAACACUUGGCUACAAGGCCGAAUUCGCAUAUAUACAUGCUGUUAAACUCACACAGAAUGGAUCGCUGAUAGAAAAGAAAAUAGGGUAUCUGGCGUGUGUAUGUCUUUUGAAAAGAUCAGAUCCACUUACAGUAUUACUAGUCAAUACAAUACUACGUGAUAUCAGUAGCAAAAAUGUGCUGUGUAUUUCUAUGGCCUUGACUGCUGCAUGCUCUCUAAUUCCAACAGACCAAGCCUCUGUAUUUCUUCCUUUAGCAGUAGAAAAACUAAAACACUCAAAUGAAUUUGUUCGUGGGAAAGCAGUAAUAGCGUUGCACCACUUUUUUCGUACAAGUCCUGAACAGUGUACCAAGUACAUUGAACAAGUACAGGAAUUGCUUGGAGAUAAGGAUCCAGGUGUAGUGGCUUUGGCAAUGCAAAUUUUGUUGGAUGUAGCAAAGGAAACUCCAUCUUUGGUAAGUGAACUAGUCCCACUUCUGGUUCAAAUACAGCAUCAGAUUUUAGAUGGAAAGUUACCUCCUGACUAUACAUACCGUAAGAUGAAUGCUCCCUGGAUGCAAAUUUCUGUUCUUAGGUUACUUCAGCUGAUGGAUGAACCGACAGCUGACAUUAGAGCCGUAAUUCAUAAGACUUUAAUUUUGGCAAAGUCUGGUUCGCAAGAAGCUAUUGGUGUUGCCAUUAUUUGUGCAUGUAUAGCAAUUCUGAUAAAGUACAAACCCAAUGACGAUAUACUGCCAACAGCUAUAUCACAUGUUACAGAUUUGAUGUCGAGGAAGAGCAACAAUUUGAGGUAUGCUGGCCUUGAUCUGCUUGAAGUUAUUCUGCAACACUGUCCCUUGUCACUUACACCAGAGCAACAAGAAAUCAUCAUGUCAAGCCUGCAACAUCCUGAUCAUGCAGUAAAAAGAAAAACAUUAGCUUUGCUAUGUGUAGCAGCAAAUGCUUCAAAUGCAGAACAAAUAUGUACACAAAUUGCUGACUAUGCACAGACCUAUUGCUCCAACAAUAUUCAUUUGCGUCACGAUCUAGUAAGACGCAUCAUCCUUCUUACGCAAAAAUAUCCACGGGACACUGAUUCAUGGCAUGUUGCAAUGCUUCUUCGGUUAUUGCCUCUUGCUAGUGACAGUCAGGUUAAAACCAUCCAUGGAUCAAUUAAGAAUUUACUUUCAGGUGAAGAUCAGCAGAAAAACAUUGGAGAUACCAGACAGAAAGUGAUCAAAAUACUUCACAAAUAUUCAAAGUCAAAGAUAGCUGUAACAGCAAUUCUGCAAUUAUAUGUUUGGGUAAUAAGCCGCUUUGGGCUUCCAGCAGUUGAAGGGGCAGUUAACAAACCUGCAGACACUAUCAAAGAAGUAAUUGAACUAGGACAUAAAAUUAUCAGAAAUGAGAAGAAGAGAGACCCAUUUCCUCAAGGUGUUAGAGAUCUCCUUAUUUCAAUAGUUCAGUCACUGCAAUACAUUUCUGUUCAUAAAAAGGAACAUGCAUCUGGAAUAGAUGGUUUUCUACAAGAACUAUUAUCAACUUCUAGACGAGAUUCUUACUUACGUGACAUUUGUUGUGAGCUGAAGUGUAGUUUACCUUUUGUAACAGCAAUACAUGAACACACUGUAAAGGGACAGGAUAAGUAUGACCAGUUGGACUUUACAUUGUCAUUUUUGGAUGAAAUGGUAUGCAAAAGUUUGGAAUCUGGAGAAGAGCCAUACCGUCCACCACAGGCUGUACAAGUCUUCCAACAAUUAACUGAAAUGCCAUUACCAGCAAAGAGCAGCCCAUGCACUAGUGUGAUCAGUUCUGAGAAAGGAUCGCUAGCUGGUUCGUGGUGUUCUGAGGAUUUCAAGCUGUGGAAUAUUACAAGGCAGUUGUCUCCAAAUAUGAGCCCAAAAGUCGUGUGGACCAAAGAGGGUAGAUUAAACCCAGCUGAGAACAAAGCUAAAGCUGAGUCAUUAACAAUGCAGGAACCGGAUAGUUGCAGUAUACAGAGCAGUGAAGCAUCAUCAGCUGCAUCUAUUUUUCAUUUACCACUUCCAGAAGAAAACUUGUCAGUGGCCGAGAAAAGUAAUGUAGAUCCUCUGGACAAGUUAUUAACUUCUGAUUUUAGCAAGCUCACUUUUAAUACACUAGAGAAAAGAUGAUAGUUCCUGUUAUAAACAUGUAUUAAAUGAAUGUACUGAAUUCUUCCAGUCAUUUUCCUGUGGAAGUACCUGCACUUUUGUGAUAAAAAAUGUUUAUUAAGUCUUCUUUGAAUGUGUGACUGAAGUUGAGUUCCAAAAACUAAGAUAUAACAUAGUUUUAUCCUGUUAAAGUAUUUGGAAUGUUUUACUACUGAGGGAUGGAUAAAUUUAUAUAAGGUUAGUGUUACCAUGUUCAGAUUGUCGAAGACUAUGUGCCUUGUUGGAAGUUAUGUUUAUUUCUAUAAAAUGAUUCUUGUAUUUAUACAAAUAAAAUAAAUUUUUAAAUAAA